AUGAUACCUCUACUCCUGCAUGCACAUGCGACAUCUCCAAACCCGCUCAAAAUUGCUAUUGCAUGCCAAUAUCUUGGAGUCGCUUACGAGGUCAAGGUAUGGGAGUUUGGGCCUGACCCUCGCCGUGGUGUCAAGGGCGAGGACUUUGCAAAGAUCAGUCCCAAUGGUCGAUUACCGGCUCUGGAAGAUCCAAACACAGGAGUUCUUGUUUGGGAAAGCGGUGCAAUCAUGAACUACCUUAAACGCCAAUAUGAUAAGGACGGUAUCCUGGGGCCCAAUGGCCCGACGCCCCAGGAUCAAGUGGAUCUCGAGAAGUGGGAGUACAUGGUCGUGACCACGUUGGGGCCGAUGACCGGUCAAAAUAUGUGGUUCAGGUAUUACAACAUUGUGAGGAACGACGAUGCGAUCGAACGAUAUACGAAGCAAGUGUAUCGUUGCUAUGAUGUCUUGGAACGUCAGCUGGGUGCAGGUGAUGGCCUCAGUAUUGUACCAGGCGGAAUCACCUCGGUCGAUUGCCAUUGUGAGCCGUGGAUAAGGCCGGCGAGGUAUGCUGGACUAACGGACGAGAAGUAUCCGCGUAUCAAAAAGUGGCUGGCGUUUAUGGCUGAACAACAGCCUGUCAUAGAUGCCUACCAGAAGAUCAAAACCGCGACCAUAUUACAGGAUCCCGAGACAGCAGCACGCGGUCUACAGCCAGACCUGAGCCUGAUGCGUGAAGCUCAGGCCGAGGCUGCACGAGUCUGA